GGGGGCCUCUCUCAGUCACCUCGCGCCAGCCGAGCCACGCGCAUAGACCAGCUGUGUGCGUGCAGUCCCGCCGCCGCAGCUCGAUACGCACUGCACCGCACUCUCUGCUCUCGUCGGCUCAUCUCGCCUCCUACCCCGACGCGAGGACCACGUGCGCGAACUGCGAAGAGGACUGCCGCGGUACCGGGGACCGCUCGAUCGGCAGCGCAGCAAGCCGGAAAUCGGAAGCAGGACAGAAGGAGGUUCCCAGCCGAAAAAGGGACCGGCUCCCUCCAGCGGCGCGGAGUGGCCCCCACGCCGGACCAUCCCGCCCCCACCCGGGCCGCGUCGCCAGCGGCGGCGACGCCAGCAUCAACGCCAGUAGCCAGCGGAAGCGUCGUGUCGGCCAGUGUCGCGAGGCCGACUUUUCCGAAGAACUGAGCGCAGGUGCCGCCGAAACGCGCACACACAGUGGACUAGCCGUGUUGCCAGCCGUAAAAUCAGUGAUAAACCAGUGCUGUCGAUUCUGCGAGUGCGAGGAACUAGUUGAACAGUGAUCUCUUAUUGUGAUCGGAGCGCGGAGAGCGGGCCCAGCGAGCGGAGUGUUCUUCGAGCCAUGGGCGCCGUGACGACGAGCUUCGCAAGUGGAUCACUCGAUGAGAGGAUGAGGCAGUGACGUGGCGGACGGAGAACGAGGCUCGCCAUGUCUGCCGUAACGAGUCCAUAUGGAGCCACGGAGAUGCUUUCGGAAUCGGUGUACAACUUUGCGGCUGCCGCGCGCCGCGGCACCGGCGGCGGAGGCUCCACGGCCGACCAGGACAGCGACUCCCAGCAGUACGACUCGCAGCCGGGCGCGGCGACCCAGCUGCAGCUCGCGGCGAGCGUGCAGCCGCAGCAGACGACGCCCCCGCCGGCCGGCGGCAGCGGCAGCUCCGCCAGCAAGCCGCGCAACAAGCGCAAGAACUUCAAGCCCAUCAGCAGCAGGAUGGCCGAGGUGUCGGACGAGUCGGACGAGCCGCGGGACGAGCGCGACGAGCGCGACGAGGACGCCGAGUCCGAGGAGAAGCAGCCCGAGCCCGGCGGCGACGAGCGCCUCGACUUCGAGGAGGCCGGCCAGCAGCUGGCGCAGCUGCAAGUCAAGCAGCGGCUCAACAACAACGAGGUCAUCCCGAUGGACCUGUCCGUGGCGCCGCGGGCGCCGUCCUUCGACGGCGAGGAGGACGACAGCGGCGACUCCUUCGGACACAAGUUCAUUCUCGAGGGGCUUCGCUCGCAGAAGCUCUACUCGCCCGGCACCGACGCGCGGAGUCCGGCCUCCGAGUCGUCGGACAAGAGUCUCGGCAGCGGGCCGCAGGACGAGCAGGACGCGGCGGACGAGGAGGAGUCCCGCCAGCAGCAGCAGCAGCAGCAGACCGCCGACGAAGCCGAAAACGAGACGGACGCGGAGGAGCGCAGGCCGUCCGAGAACAUGCGCGAGUACGCCGAGUCGAUGAUGCAGGAGCUCUUCGCGAUCUACGGCCUGGCCGGCGGCGAGCUUGCCAAGACGGUCAGCCGACAGCUGCCCCCGAGCUGCUUCCUCAACCCGGCCCUCAGUCAGCAGCUCCAGCAGCAGCAGCAGCAGCAGCAGCAGCAGCAGCAGCAGAGCAGCAGGGUAAAAGUCAAGGAGGAGAAGGAAGCCUCGUCGAUGGCGCCGGGCAGCCCGCCGACACCCCCGCACACGCCGCAGAGCCCCUCCAGACAGAACCACAACAGCGGUAGCACCAGCGCCGGCGGCGGCGGCGGCAGCAACAGCCUCAACAACAACAGCAGCAGCGCCGGCGGCCUCGUGGCCAACCUCUCGAGCUCGAGCUCGCCCAGCGUCCAGCAGCAGCAGGCCGCGGCGGUGGUCGCGGCCGCGGGUCUGCACCCGGGCUCGCCCCUGAGCCAGGUUCUGGUGCAGAACCCGGCGCUGGUCCAGCUGCUGCAGCAGAACCCGGCCAUCCUGACGCAGAACCCGCAGCUGGCUCAGCUGCUCCAGCAGAACCUGCAGGUGCAGAUGGGCAACGCGCUCUUCCAGGGCAGGCGCGCCGACGACGGGGACGAGCCGAGGGUGCCGCCGACAAUAGCGAGCCUGGCGGCGAUGAAGGCGGAGGCAGCUGACCCCAAGGUUUCCGCCCUACUUCGGCAGAGCAUGUCGCCGGUCUCGGCGGAGGCCCUGCUGGGCUCGGGCGGCUCGACGCCGGGCGGCCCGAUCAAGGCCGGCGCGGGCGGGCUGCCCCAGCCGAUGAUCGACUACUCGCGCUACGUGCGCCGCUACAGCAGCGGCCAGGAGUGCGGCAGCUCGUACUGCAAGGACCUCGGCUGCCGGGAGCACUUCCACUGCCUCGACUGCAGCGGCCGCGUCUUCGUGAAGAAAGAGGAGAUGAUCCGGCACUUCAAGUGGCACAAGAAGCGCGACGAAUCGCUGCAGCACGGCUUCAUGCGCUACUCGCCCACCGACGACUGCUCGGACCGGCACCCCGGCCGGCAGUGCCCCCAUAACCGCAAGCAGACCCACUACCACUGCAUCCACGACAACUGCGACAAGGUGUACAUCUCGACCUCGGACGUGCAGAUGCACGCCAACUACCACCGCAAGGACUCGGCCAUCAUCCAGGAGGGCUUUCAGAGGUUCCGGGCGACCGAGAGCUGCGCCACCGACUACUGCCAGUUCGUCGGCCAGCGGACCACGCACUUCCACUGCCGGCGGCCCGGCUGCCGCUACACCUUCAAGAACAAGGCCGACAUGGACAAGCACAAGUCCUACCACAUCAAGGACGAGCAGCUGUCGCGCGACGGCUUCAAGAAGUUCAUGAAGUCGGAGGCCUGUCCGUUCGAGCAGUGCCGCUUCUCGCGCGUCUGCAACCACAUCCACUGUAUCCGGCCGCAGUGCAGCUACGUGCUCCACUCCUCGGGCCAGCUCUUCUCGCACAAGCGCAAGCACGAGCGCAACGACUCGGAGCUGGCCUACCGCAAGUACAAGCAGAUCGGCGGCGGCGGCAGCGGCGUCCGCGGCCCCUGGAUGCCCGAGGAGAUGGGGCCCCAGGGCCUCUCGCUCAGCCUCAACGGCGAAAGCUCGAACGAGGAGCGCGGAUCACCCUCCUACUACUCCAUGGACGACUCCUUUCAGAGCGCCAGCGACCUGGCCAUGGACCUCACCGCGCCGGCGAGCCUCGGCUUGCCCGGGGCUCUCGCCGCGGCGCCCGAGCAGCAGCAGCAGCAGCAGCAGCUGACCCCCACCGAACUGGCCUACCUCAUGCCGGCCUCGGCCGACUGCAGCUGCGCGCUGGGCAAGGACCACUACCACUGCGCGUUGGACCGCUGCGGGGCGGCGCUGCGCGACCCGCGCGAGGUCCGCGAGCACCUGCGCGAGCACGAGACCCAGGAACGCAUCACCGACGCCUUCUUCGAGGAGGGCGGCUGCGACGAGUCGAGCUGCCCGUACGCCGACAAGGAGAAGCACUACCACUGCAACUGGGACGGCUGCCGCGAGGUCAUCCUCGCGACGGACAAGCCCUUCCGCCGGCUCCAGCACUACAAGAUCCACGAGUACAGCCGGCAGCUGAACCUCUCGAGCGCCUCGCAGCCGCUCUCCUCGGACGUGACCCUGACCCACCUGACCAACAUCGACGCCAUGUUCAGGCGGAAGCGCGGCCGGCCGCCCAAGAACCGCGUCAUCGAGAUCUGGAGCGGCGGCGAGCAGGGCGCCGCCGGCGGCCACACCCAGGACUCGCCCCAGGCCAUCUUCACGAGCUUCAAGCUGCCGAAGCCCACGCCGAGCGCCGCGGCCAGCAGCAGCGCCGUCGGCCUCGCGCCCUGCCCCGCGGCCGGGCCCGACGCCGAGCGCGAGGGCAGCGCCUCGCCCUCCGGCGCCGACCCCGUCGGCUUCUCCACCUUCGCCCCGGACUCCUGUCCGGACGCGAGCUGCGCGCUGCGCUCGACCAGGCACCACCACUGCUCGCAGCCCUGCUGCCACUUCUCCACCGACCGGCCGGACCAGCUGCUCAUGCACAGCAAGGACUUCCACGACAACGUGGACAUACCGCCGGGCUUCGCCUUCUACGACCGCAUGAUCGACUGCCGGCUGCCCGGCUGCCACAGCAACCGCGUCAACCGGCACUUCCACUGCACGCGCCCGGGCUGCGGCUACUCCUUCGUCCGCUACUCGACGAUGGCCCUGCACGAGAAGCAGCACAGCGAGAGCGACGAGUCCGCGGCGACGAGCCUGUCGCUCGUGCCCCAGGAGCAGAAGCCCCGGAUACACGUGAAGAACCCGGCAGAGCUCAUCGAGGGACUGGACGAGCAGAAGGACGCGGAGCUCGGCAGCCCCGGGGACGCCGGCAGCAAGACCACGGUGGUGAGGGCGGCAGGCACCUAUUACCCGGUCAGCGGACCGCCGAGCGAACCCGCACUCCCGGGCGCCAUACUAUCCAUGCGAGCUUCCGUGCACCAAGAGCCCAGCCAGCUGGUGGCGUCGACGAGCUCCAUCACGUCGCCCGGCGCGUCCUCCUCGUCCCACACGCUCUACGGGCCCGAGCAAAGCUGCAGCCGGCCGUUCUGCAAGCUCAAGCGCAAGAACCACUACCACUGCAACGCCUGCAACCAGGCAUUCUCCGAGCUCGACCGCCUGGUCGCUCACAUAGCCAAGCAUUCUACAGGCGCCAUCCUCAGCCAGCAGCAGCAGCCCCCGCCGCCGCUGGGGCCACACGACGCGCAGCAGCAGCAGCAGCCGACCUCGGCGCCUAACCACCAGCAACUCGCGCAGCACGAGUACCUCGCCCAGCUCUCCCAGCAGAAGCACGAGUUCAUGGCGCAGAACGUUCAGAUGGCCCAGAACAUCCAGAACUUCCAGAGCCAGAUGCAGCGGCAGAUGCAGAGCCUCCAGCAGCAGCAGCAGCAGCAGUCGAUGGCGCCCAAAGACAUAAAGCUCGAGCCCAACAUCCAGAACCAGUCCUCGCCGAGCAUCAAGCGGGAGCAGCCGGAGUCGCACGAGGUGAACAGCAUGCCGGUCAUGGACGGCCACGAGAACGGGCAGCAGCAGCAGCAGCAGCCGCAGCAACUACCUCAGGUGGUGGCUCCGCCGAACGUCCAGCAGGCGCCCUCGGGCUUCGAGCUCGACCUGAGCCACAGCUUCCACUUCCCCAGCCCAGCGGUGAUGGCGGCCAUGAACCAGCAGAUAGCCCUGAUGAACCAGGCGCUGCCACCGUUCCUCCAGCACGGGAGCAUGUACGCCGGGGCCCCGGGCCUGAUGUUCGCGCCCGGCCUGCCGCCGGGCAACUUCAUGCCGCCCGGCAGGGACGAGAACCCCCUGGCCUCGCUGGCCGCCAACCUGAAUCUCAAGCGGUCGCUCUCGCCGCCGGACUCGAACUCGCCCGAGGCCAAGAAGCAGCGGCUCCACCACUCGAUGCGCAUGCUCAAGGACGAGCCCGUGCCCGAGGGCUACAUCAGGUUCCGGUUCAACGAGGACUGCAGGUACCAGCACUGCGGCUACCGGGAGCACCAGACGCACUUCCACUGCAUGCGCCAGGACUGCGGCUACUCGUUCUGCGACAAGACGCGCUUCGUCCAGCACACGGCCAGGCACGAGAGGCUCGACACGCUGAUGGGCGGCGACUUCCAGCAGUACCGGGCCAACGUGCCCUGCGGCAGGAGCCAGUGCGCCUACACCUCCUCCCUGGGCUCGAUGCAGAACAAGGCCUCGCACUUCCACUGCCUCAAGUGCGACUUCGUCUGCACCGACACCAACAAGGUCGUGGCUCACAGGCGGCAGCACGCCAAGCUCGACAGCAUCGCCGCGGCCGGCUUCCAGAAGUUCACGCCGAGCCAGCCCUGCGGCGCGGUGCAGUGCCAGCACUCGGGCAAGCAGACCCACUACCACUGCCUGCAGUGCCAGUACGCGGUGCUCGGUCUCGCCCAGAUGUCGGCUCACAAGUUCCGCCACAUGGAUGCCUAGCACGAGCAGGACCAGCUCUAUCAGCGCUUGCAUCAGAAGAAGUGAGAUAGAAACUGGCCCUUGGACUCCGUCUGCCUGUGCGAGUGAGAGAGCGAGCGGGAGGUUUUAAUACACGCGUCAAUACAUAGUCAAGAGAGGUUAUUUAUCGAUUGCACAGAGACAAUGAACUAAAUAUUACCUGUACAGAUUUUAUCCGUAGUCUAGCCCGUAAGCGCUGUAGUCCGUAGCUGUGUCGUUCGUGGGGGAGAAAUGAUAAACUAUGUACAUUUUUACUCGACUGUGCAUACCUUUUUAAGAUGCGUUCUUUUUUAAGAGAACGUCCAAGAGUCUUUAGGCGUAGAGUUUUUAGUAGUCAUGUAAGUAGCUAAUUGUCGCAAUGUAUAAUGAAACGACGAUCAAAGAACCGGGGACUGGGCGAACAUUCGUUAAUUUUCGCGGGCUGUUUUUCUUCUCUCCAUCGAUAACCGAUGAUGUACUACGACCCGAACUGCACCGAGUCAUUUGAAUUAUUUCGCGCACGUAACAAAUGCAUGGUGUGUGUGUGUGUGUGCGCGCGCGCGCGUGUGUGUAUGUGUGAGUCACCACGUACGAUAGUGAUAGAGGGCUAUUUAAGUAUAUCGCGCGAGAAACAAUGUAAAGCGACGACGUGACAGAGGUUGGCUUUUAGCAACGUUCACGGCGACUGAUUACUGCACUACUUCGUUAUAAUGUAGAAAAGAAGGAAAAAAUAAAAAACACCAGCGAGGAGGGCAGCAACGAUUUUGCCUCGCGCCUCGCCUAUGUAAUUAUGUAUGUAAGUAAUGCAAUACCCGACAUUACAGUGAAUCGACCAUAGGGUUUAACCGAUGUAUAAUUGUAUUAAAACUAAACAAAAAAUUAAGGAAAUAAAAAAGAUAUUAAAGAUACACUCUUCGGGCGCAUCGAAAAUACGCUUGAUCGGUGCGUCGAAUAUCGUAUUACAAACAGUAUUGUGAAGAUUAAUUUAUAAAAAAGACUGCCAGCCGAGGCGAUUGAAAAAAAAGAAAAUAACUCAGAGAUAACCUGAUAUAGGCAAUGACAGAUCGGAUAUAUUGAACGAGAAUAAUUUAAAACGGCGUAAAAAAGAAUCCGGAGCGAAUAAACGCCGCGCUAUGUAAGUAAAAACGGUGAUAGGAGAAAAGGAUCGCUCGAGAGCGAGUCGUUUGUGAGCAAAAGAUUUGGUAUAGGAGACAUAAGUAUAUAUUAACGAAAAUAAAAGUAUAUUCGGCGUAUACUAUAAACUAGAAAGAUGCUGCAUCGGAUGGGAAGUUAUUGAAAUUGUUUAAUACAUACUUGUAUGUAUACUGUUUUAUGUAAAUGAAUAUGUAUAAUUGGAUCGACUAGAAUACACACGUUAUAUUCUA